AUGAGAAACUUGGCAAAGCAAAUGAACUUCACAGCCAUUUCUGGCAGUCCCAAGGACGGUGAAGAAUACGGUUAUAUGUUUGAAACUAAUGGCACCUUUACUGGCUCACUGGGCGACAUUCUAUAUGACAGAGCUGACAUUUCACUCAAUUCUCGUUUUGUGAAAGAAUACGGAACGAAAGAUAUUGAGUACACUUUUCCCGUUGGUUUUGAUAAUCUCUGUAUCGUAGUGCCGAAGGCUGAACGUCUCCCAAAAUGGCUUGCAUUUUUCAGAGUAUUUCCCUUACACGUCUACCUCGCCCUUGUCUGUGUGUAUGUAGGCUCCUGUAUAAUAUCUCAUAUUCUACAGAAGUUAUAUUCUUUCUUUAUGCCUGUUAACAAAGACACCAGUUUAAUUUCCACGUUUAUAGAAAUGUUACCCCUAUUCCUAUCACUCUCCUUCGUUCGAAUUCCUUUGUCUCGAUCACAGAAAGUAUUUGUGAUUACGUGUCUUGUAUUCGGGAUAAUUACAACUUCGUUGUUUCAAGGGAAACUUGUCACUGUGCUAUCAAAGCCUGACUACUAUCCUGAUGUCAACACGCUAGAAGAACUGGAUGCCAGUGGUUUAGUCAUUGCUACAGGAUCUAUCAAUUUAAUCGAGAACACAUUCAGUGCAGAAGAGUCGCCUCUUGUGAAACACCUCAGUAAUAAAGUAACCUACCUUAGUACAAAGGAAGGCGUCGCUGAUUACGUCGCUAAGCACAAAGACACGGCUGCGUUAACUCGACUAAGCAAUGCAAUAUAUAAUGUACUUAUUUAUCGCAAUUCAGAUGGAACUUUGCUAUUACAUAUCGUUCGAGAAUUUCCAAGGACGUAUUCUCUAGCGUACAUAGUGCCUAAGGGAUCCCCGUUUUUGUUCAGAAUCAACCACAUAAUAACACAGCUUGUAGAAUCAGGUAUUGUAGAUAAGUGGAGUAAGGACACUUAUUUCAAUAUGACAGCAUUUCAAAGAAGUGAAAACAGUGGCAGUGAUUCACUCAAAGUGUUUUCUAUGGAAGAUUUGCUGGUGGCCUUCCUGAUACUUGCUUGUGGACUUCUCAGUAGUGUCAUUGCGUUCUUUGUGGAGCUAACAGUGCAACGUGUUGCGUCUCGAAAAAGGAUCAAAUACAAGACAUUUACUUCGUCUCACGAACACACUUUGCUUCAAAAUGAUUAUGUCCAGCCCUCAUUUAGAAAUUAUAAAAUAUGA